GAUGCUGUAGCUCAAAUUGUACAAAGCCAGCUAGUCUAGUGGAACUACUCUUGCGAUUGUGUUUACAGCAUGCGCUCUUUGCUCACAGUAAUAGUAAAUACCCUUAUCUGCUUUCUAUACCUUUUGUGCUUGUAGCGUUGAACAACACUACAUUUUUACUUGRCCGCCAGCUGGUUGCGGCAAGUAGACCGACUGCGCCUUUCAUUUGUUUCUUGUUCUCGAGUUUGAUUUAGUCGAAGGGCUAUGACAUUCAUUAUCAGAUCAGCUCUCAUGAAAAACAGGAGUUUAUGGCUUCCAGGACUCGGUGCUGUAAGGGCCAUAUCCUCUCCGGGGGGCCCCACUCCUCCUUUUACCACCCUGUCUGUCAGUCAACCUGCCACUGCUGUCACUCACAUAGAGCUGCACCGGCCAGAGAAACGCAAUGCCAUGAACAAAGCCUUCUGGAGAGAAAUGGUGGAGUGCUUUACACAGAUAGCUGAGGACCCGGAUUGCCGGGUKGUUGUCGUCUCCGGUGCAGGAGAAGUCUUCACAGCUGGCAUUGACUUGAUGGACAUGGCCAGUGAAGUCUUGCAGCCUGAAGGGGAUGACAUGGCCAGGACUUCCUGGAACAUGCGACGCAUCAUCGCCAAGUACCAGGAAACCUUCAGCGUCAUUGAACGGUGUCCAAAGCCAGUGGUUGUGGCAGUGCAGGGAGCUUGUGUUGGAGGAGGAGUGGAUCUGAUCACAGCCUGUGAUAUCCGUCUCUGCACUCAAGAUGCCUGGUUUCAGGUGAAGGAAGUAGAUAUUGGCCUAGCAGCUGACGUUGGAACUCUACAGCGCCUACCUAAAGUCAUUGGGAGCCGGAGCCUGGUGAAUGAGUUGGCUCUGACAGCGAGGAAGAUGUACGCCGAUGAGGCCAAAGAAAGUGGAUUAGUCAGCCGUGUAUUUCCGGACAAGGAGGCGAUGUUGGCUGGAGCUCUUGAGAUGGCAGGGGAGAUAGCAGGCCGCAGCCCUGUGGCUGUCCAGGGAACCAAGGUCAACCUGAUCUACUCCAGAGACCACAGUGUGGCAGAGGGCCUGAACUACAUGGCAACGUGGAACAUGAGCAUGCUGCAGACGGAGGAUGUCAUGAAGUCAGCUGCAGCCGCCAUGGAGAAGAAGAGUCCUAAAACAAUAACUUUCUCCAAGCUCUGAAGCUGAGGAGCAGAAAGAGGCUGAAGUGCAGCUUUUCUUAGCCGAGGAGGAAUGGAUGGAGGGCCGGUGUAGAAAGUUAAAUUAAAGAGAUUAUCUACUUACCCUGAGUCAGAUGAACUAGUGGAUACAAUUUGUAUGUCUCUGCGUCCAGUAUUAAGGAAGUUCGAGGUAGUUUUGGGCGCUAGCGAUAGCUUACAUUAACAUUAGUGCUGGAAGUCUUUGCUGUACCCGAACACUUCCAGUGUUUGCACUCUAGCAUGCUAGCUGUACCUGAACACUUCCCGUGUUUGCACUCUAGCAUGCUAGCUGUACCUGAACACUUCCAGUGUUUGCACUCUAGCAUGCUAGCUGUACCUGAACACUUCCAGUGUUUGCACUCUAGCAUGCUAGCUGUACCUGAACACUUCCWGUGUUUGCACUCUAGCAUGCUAGCUGUACCYGAACACUUCCAGUGUUUGCACUAAGCUAGUUAAUGUUGGCUCGCAAAACUACCUCGUAACUUCCUUCAUACUGGACGCAGAGACAUGCAAAUAGUAUCCACGAGUUCAUCCGUCUCUGGGUAGGUUGAUAAAAUGCCAAAAUGACCAACUAUCCAUUUAAGCUAAUAUGAAAAGUACUUAUUUCGCCUCCUGCAGAUGCAUAUGUUUGUGUGUUGGUGCCUUGCUGUCAGUCAGAAUCACCAAAGCAGAGCUGUCUGUAAACUGUAAAGAGUUAGUGUCCUCUCUCUUGCUAGCUCCACAUGCAGGAUUCAGGUUGGGUACUCUACCAACCAGCAUCACACUUUUGUAAAUCUAUAAAAAUGAUUGCAUCAUAAAAA